AUGUGUACUGUGUCUCGCCCGCAAAGUCCUCAAAUUUCAACACUCACACACCCGUUAAACCGAGACCAUGAAUCAACUCCUCCCCCCAACUAUCGUCCAGAAAUCACUGUCAAAAUUUUUAAUAAUAAACAAACCGCUCUGCUCGACUCAGGUGCUUCAGUAUCAGCUAUCUCAGAACAUUUUUUCCAAAGCUUAACCACUGACCCCUCUCAAGAUCAAAUUCCUAUUUUUCCUCUUUCAGGCAUAUUACUCACUACAGCUCUUAGCAAUAAAACCGUCAAAAUUAAGUCUCAAAUUUAUUUAACAUUUACAAUCAAUCAAUAUGAAACCCAUGGUAUCUUUCUAGUCGUUCCCUUGCUCUCUACCCCUCUCAUUCUUGGGACAGACUGGCUGUUGGAAAAUGAGGUGACCAUAGACUAUAAGAAAAAAAUAAUUUCCCUCUCUACUACUAAUGAUGAAAUACCUUUUAAACUAAUUGCGGACCACGACCCCAGUAGCCUUGUAAACUCACUCAAUAGUCUAAAUUUAAAUGAUCACCACCUUAAUAUGUAUGAACCCCUUUCCAGUUUAAAACAGCCACCUCUCCCGUUUGAAAAUGAAAAAAAUAUUGCCCUUAAUGAUAUCCCACUUAAUGAAUCUCAACAAAAUUUAAUGUUUUCCCUUCUUCAACAAAAUCAACAAAUUUUUCAAGAUAAACCUGGCCUUCACAAAUUUUUCUCUUAUAAAUUCAACAUUAGACCACAUGAACCUUACAAAAUUAGACCAUACCCUGUCCCCUUCUCCCGUCGUCCCGCGGUAGAAAGGGAGAUCAACAAGAUGCUUCAAUGGGGGGUUAUUGAGAGAUCAGACUCUGCCUAUAGUAACCCACUAGUAACAGUUGCUAAAGCCGACGGCUCUAUUCGCUUGUGCUUAGACGCCUGA